UCGUCCCUCCUCUUCACUCUCUCAAAACUCUUUAGGUUUUUCCAACUGAGCGACUCAGGCUGAGGCGGGCGCAACCGCACUAGAGGGGGAAGUCAAGUCGUGCUGGACUGCGCGAUAGCCUCGCACGGUUCACAACUACAGAAGAUCUGACCCGCGUUUAAUCAUGCUUUAAAAUGAUGGAAUAUGCUGAUUCUAAAAGUUGACCAGGGAUUUUUAGUUGUGGGGUGUUUGCGAGGCAUGGCUUUUCUUUUAACUUGCCUCUUUCUGUCUUGUUACAGUGCGAGCGGUGUUUGGGGGAAUCAGCACAGUGAGACCAGUAUCUAUUUGGAUAACAUCACGCGUAUAUUGGAUAGAUUACUGGAUGGCUAUGACAACAGGCUGCGACCUGGAUUUGGAGGUCCGGUUACAGAGGUCAAAACUGACAUCUUUGUUACCAGCUUUGGACCUGUUUCAGAUGUGGAGAUGGAAUACACCAUGGACGUGUUCUUCCGUCAGACGUGGAUUGACGAACGGUUGAAAUUCGAGGGCCCCAUCGAGAUCCUGCGGCUCAACAACCUGAUGGUCAGCAAGAUCUGGACGCCGGACACCUUUUUCCGGAAUGGCAAGAGGUCGAUCUCUCACAACAUGACCACCCCCAACAAGCUGUUCCGCAUCAUGCAGAACGGAACUAUCCUCUACACCAUGAGAUUAACAAUAAAUGCAGAGUGCCCCAUGCGACUGAUGAACUUCCCGAUGGACGGCCAUGCCUGCCCACUCAAGUUUGGGAGUUAUGCUUAUCCCAUCAGUGAGAUCGUGUACACGUGGAAGAAAGGCCCGCUCUCCUCUGUUGAGGUGCCGCAGGAGUCGUCCAGCCUGCUACAGUACGACCUCAUUGGUCAGACCGUGUCAAGCGAAAGGUUGAAGUCUAACACAGGUGAAUAUGUCAUCAUGACUGUCCACUUCCACCUUCAGAGGAAAAUGGGCUUCUUCCUCAUCCAAACCUACAUCCCCUGUAUCAUGACCGUCAUUCUGGCCCAAGUCUCCUUCUGGAUCAAUAAGGAAUCCGUUCCAGCGCGGACUGUGUUUGGUAUCACCACCGUCCUGACUAUGACCACGCUCAGCAUCAGCGCCCGCCACUCCUUGCCUAAAGUCUCCUAUGCCACAGCCAUGGAUUGGUUCAUCGCUGUGUGUUUUGCAUUUGUCUUCUCUGCCCUCAUUGAGUUUGCGGCCGUCAACUACUUCUCCACUCUACAAGCCAACCGGGAGCUCCGGAAGGCAGCGGCCAUGAAGGUGGCGGCUCAGGAGGCGGCGGCUGCAGCUGCAGCUCCUGCUGCAGCCACAGGGAAUGAUGGGGAACUUUCCUCUGUGGAUGCGAGUAGCGUGCUGAAGAAAAGGAUGAACUCCGCCCCGCUGUUUGACCGCCCUGCGAAAACAUUUCCCAACCCACCCGUCAAUGCUCAAGCCUUCCUGCAGCAGGGGUCGGCGGUACCAGCUAACAACGUUCUGACUGGCACCAGCAUCAUCGACAAAUACUCCCGCAUUCUCUUCCCUCUUUCAUUUGGAGCCUUCAACCUGGUCUACUGGAUCGUCUAUCUCACCAAGGACACCAUGGAGAUGUCCAGGGACACCAUCUAAGUCCACACUUUGUCUUCCUGGAAAUCACACAGAGUACGCACUUUCAUACAGACACACACACACACAUAUCCACCACACACACACAAUAAAUAGAUGAUAGACGCUUGCCAAGGACUCUUUUAUGCUGCCUCAGUGCAUUGUAUUUCUUUUUAAGUACUCCCUUGGAAAGUGAGUUUUGAGAGCAGAUGUACCAGCUCCUUCUAUAUUGACCCGGGAGCUCACGGCUCUGGAACCUUUUCAAACAGGUACUUCACAUCUCUCUGUCUCUCAUACUUAUUUACCUUCCCCAAUAUUUGAAGAAAAGUUGGAUAUAAUGAGAGUUUGUCCUUCCUCAAUCUCCUGCCUGAGUUUGUGAGGCUAUUCGAGAUGUAAAUGAAGGUGCAGUAGCUAGGCCGGAGAGCCAGACACAGUGACAUUGAAUUGCUUUAUUGGAUUAUUUCUUUUCCAGUGUAACAUGUCUGCAUUUCCACACAUGAGAGUGAUGAGUGCAUGUGGGUUUGAAAUUAUACAUCCUCUAAUAUUCAGAACACACUUGAGGGAAAGAGUGUACUCGUUGCCCCGACCGGAUCCAGUGUGACCGACAGACUUGUGGGAACCCUCACACUUCGAACUCCUCUUUCCACUCUUCAUUUUUUUUCUCCCACCACACUCUAUUUUUUGGUUCAUUGGCUUAAUUUCCCUCUGCUGAUGGAGCACAGAGGAUGUGAAGCAAAAUCUUCAAAGGGUUUUUUUUUUUCUUUUAUAGCGUGUUCCACGGAUACACUGGCCUGGUUCGAUAUUCAGUGGUACAUGUAGUUGCAAAACUGCACACAGUUGAACUAGAAACAAGUCACUGCAUAGAAUGACUUUCUCAAUUGAAGGUCAGUUUCCUUCAAAGAAAAAAUGACUCUGAAACAGUGUUCCGUGAUUUCAUUGUAGUAAAUAACUUGUUACAGCUCUAAGCUUUGAUUCAAUUGGCCACAUGAAAAAAAUAAAUAAAUAAAAAGAGCUCAAAGUUAUUAGAAACAAGACAUGAAAGCAAAAUAAAGCAAAUUUUUAGCUAUACUUUUUCAGCCAUUUAGAGAUGAGGUCUUGGGACGUGCCAGAUAUUUCAGUUCAACAAAGAAGCAUCUUUUCUCACAUUCUUCUCAUUAUUUCCAUGCAUGUACUAACCCAUCUUUCUUCAGAGGAAAUGUAAGCUUGUUUUACGUUAAGGUUUUUACAAUUUCCUCUGUAUUGUUUCUAUUAAGUGUCGUCAUUUAAAAUGACGUUAAAAGAUUUAUCUCCUGCUUGCCAAUUAUUUAUUGAAGUGACAGCUGUGGCUUUUGGUUUUUCAUUAAAAAGCAGCGAAAAAUAGCAACCUAAACCUAUCAUCAUCAAUUAUACGAAAUGCCACAACACAUUCAUUAAUAAUCCACUUGUGUGGAUUUGCAUAUGAUUAUGCACCAUUUCCAAUUAAGUCGACAGGGUAACAUGUUAAAGCCAUGGAGGGUCUAUGUAUGUUGAUGUAUAUUUGCUUUGCGGUAGGUCCUCAUGGCGUUCGUCAUCCAUGUAUAUAUUCUCAUUAAAAGUAUUUCUUAAUAAUACAGGGAAUUUAGUUUUACCACUUAUUUAUGGGAGAUGCACUUUAUGGGCGCUUAAGUGUAGGUAUUAAAUAUGAUGAAUAUCCUCACACUUACUUCAUAUUGAAUUCAUGUUAGACUCUACUGAAGAUUUUUUUUAUUAUUAUGUUCACAAAUAUAUAAUUAUAUUUAAUAAAUCAAUGUUGCAUGACUGCAUCAUUUUAAAGGAUGAUUUUACUGUACUAAGUGCAGAAGGUUGGGUGAAGCCUUAGGCUGUUGUUAUAGCUGCCUAAAACUACUCGUAAAGGUGAGUCAUGACAUAAAACAUGAGCAAUACAGAGAAAAAGAAAUAAAGUCUAUCUAUUUUAUUUGCUCCCAGGUGAGAAUAGUCGCACAGCAGCUAUUUGGCUCAUUUACACACAAAUGCACACAUGAGAAAUAUGCAAUGUAAUAUACUGCAAUGUUAAUGUAAUGCAGUGUUAUAUGUAAUUUAAGUCUGCACUGAGGCAGGUUUUGUUGUAUGAAUGGAUCAGACACAGAGAGUGGAUUUGUUUUCCACGUCAACUUCCUCAGUGAUUCAUGUUGAUAAUUAUCAGUUAGGUUCAGGCACCAAAACUACUUUUAUUUUAGGUUUAGGAAAAGAUCAUGACUGCUGUAUCAUGUCAGGAAGCUGUUCUGACAGACAGCUUUGUAUUCAGAUGCAAAAAUCAUCCAAUCGUAUAUACAAUAUGUCAGUGUGUGAAUACAGACAUAUGGGCUUGAACUUGUCUCUGCCAUUAUAUACACACAGGUGGGUGGAAAGAGCUACAUGGGCCAGUCCAGCCCUGUGUGAAUAGCAGUGGUGACUACCAACACCUGGGUGCAAAACGCCAUAUCAUGUCAAAUUUCUGUACAGUAAAUACAGUUGGGACAUAAAUAAGGCAUUAACAGGCUCAAUGUGGGGACAUGGUGGUUUACCAGUAGACCUAGAAAUGUUUUUUUUAUAAAUAUAUUGCCAGUCAUUGAAUACUUUUUUUUUUUUUUUUUUUCAUUUUAAAUUCUGUUAUAUUUGAUCAAACUUGUUCAGUGCUUGAAGUGUUAUGCAAGGCUGUAUGAAAUGUUUUGGGUCUUCCAUCCAUCCCAGCUCCAUCUAUCACCUUCCAUUUUCUAUCUUUGAGGGAGAAGCUGAAGAAACGGGGUGUUUCAGUUGUUAUUGCCCCGUCUUAUAGGCUCUAUUGUGGCUCCAGAAGUGCUGUCCCAAUGGAGCUUAAAGAGCAUUGUCAACCACACACUUCCAGCUGUGACUGAGUGUUACUGCAAAAUAAACGACACACUCAAACACAAACAAGGAUUUAGUGAAGGAGCGGGAGAAAGUGUGUAUUUGUGUAUGAGAUCUUUUUUUUUUUUUUUUUUUUGCAUGACUGAGUUCAUUUUCUUUUUUUAUCAGCGACCAAUUGAUCUCGCCUCUGGCCCCAGCCUAGCUGCAUAACACUACCAUCCCACUGGGAGAACCAUGCUUGCAUGACCUCUGACCCUUUAUGUGCUUGUUAGGGUUGCUGAAUGUAGAAGGUUGUGAACUCCAUAGAAUAUAGAAAUCUAUCACUAUGGUGACCGCAGCCGUAAAUGCCCAUUCCGUUUCCUUCCACCGGCAUGAGCUUUAAUGACGCUUUUGAUCAGCCAGUGUUAGUCUUAUUUUGUCACUUUUACACUGUCAUUUGCCUAGAAAUUGUGAAAACAAUUUAGAAGACAAUGAAUGCUCUACAUUGUUAUUUUAUGUGUAUAUUUUGUGAAUAUGAUAAGCUAUUUCUGUAGGUUGCUAUUUGUAUUCCAGUUGUAUAACCCUGCUUGAAGAUCAGCUGCACUACGUUAACCAUGUGUACUGGUUUGAACGACAGACCUCAGCUUUUGUAUUUUAGCUGUUUGAUUUUUAUUUUUUUCACGUUUGUUCUGUGUACAUGUUGUGCUCCAUCAGUUUUUUUUUAAAUUAUUUUACAUUGUGUAGGGGGUGGCCUGCUUUUACUGCAACAGACAACGAUAUUUGCAUAUUCAGGUCUUUUGUCCCCUGUUAAUAAUUCAACCCCAACUCUUUUUCCCUCACAGGAUUGUAUAUUAGAAUGUUCAAUAAACGACAGAUUAUGUAUAUAUAA